AUGAGCCUCUGCUCCAAGCUCUUCGCGUUGCUCCGCAAGUCCCGCGCCCUCACCACCACCAGCACUGCCGCCGCAGCCGCCGCGACGGUGUCGGCCAACGGGAUGGAGGAGGCUGUCGCCGCGGCGGGCCCGCUGCGCACGCGCGUCUGCAUCAUCGGCAGCGGCCCAGCCGCGCACACGGCGGCCGUCUACGCCGCGCGCGCCGAGCUCAAGCCCGUCCUCUUCGAGGGCUGGCUCGCCAACGACAUCGCCGCGGGGGGACAGCUCACCACCACCACCGACGUCGAGAACUUCCCGGGCUUCCCUGACGGCAUCCUCGGCGCCGACCUCAUGGACCGCUGCCGCGCGCAGUCGCUCAGGUUCGGGACCAAGAUCCUCACCGAGACCGUCACCUCCGUCGACUUCUCCGCCCGCCCCUUCCGCGUCGCCUCCGACGACACCGUCGUGCACGCCGACUCCGUCGUCGUCGCCACGGGCGCCGUCGCGCGCAGGCUGCACUUCGCCGGCUCCGACGCCUUCUGGAACAGGGGCAUCUCCGCCUGCGCCGUCUGCGACGGGGCUGCACCUAUCUUCCGGAACAAGCCCAUCGCCGUCGUCGGUGGCGGGGACUCCGCCAUGGAGGAGGCCAACUUCCUCACCAAGUACGGCUCGCAAGUCUACAUCAUCCACCGCCGCAACGCCUUCCGGGCGUCCAAGAUCAUGCAGGCGCGCGCGCUCUCCAACCCCAAGAUCAAGGUCGUCUGGGACUCCGAGGUCGUCGAGGCCUACGGUGGUGCGGAAGGCGGCCCGCUGGCCGGCGUCAAGGUCAAGAACGUCGUCACCGGCGAGGUCUCCGACCUCCAGGUGGCCGGGCUCUUCUUCGCCAUCGGUCAUGAGCCAGCGACAAAAUUUCUUGGAGGGCAGCUCGAGCUCGACACUGAUGGGUAUGUGGUGACCAAGCCCGGCUCCACGCACACCAGUGUGAAGGGGGUCUUCGCAGCUGGGGAUGUCCAGGACAAGAAGUACCGCCAGGCCAUUACUGCCGCUGGAUCAGGUUGCAUGGCUGCUUUGGAUGCAGAGCACUACCUGCAGGAGGUUGGAGCACAGGAAGGGAAGACCGAUUGA